GUACAAUGGGAGCCACAAGCACCACUAUGCUUCAGUAUUUCUAUUUAUCGCUUCAUGGAAAACCUAUAAAAAAUUUUCUUUCUUACUUACCCUCAUGCCUUCAUGUUGCAGCUUUGAGUUACGUGUUUUCUGGAAAUUCGUAUCUCGUUGUCUGCAACCGUCCUUAGUGCGGUUUAAGUCGAGUUUCCAUUUUCGCCUUACCCCAUUUGCACCAAUUCGGUACGAUGAUGGCAUCCGACGACGCUGUUGAAAAUCCAUUCAACGACCCGGUGGAAAGAUUGACCACAGUAAUGCCAAUAAAUCUAAUUAGCUUUCAUUUCUUUCAGCAAAUUCCAUCUGAGGCAACGGCUUCAGUGAAUAGCCGUAUUCAAACCGGUGCGCUUGGUGACUACAAUCCAUUUGAACGAGAUACUAGCACACUCACUGGAACCAUCGCAUCAAACCCUGACUUCCCGCCCCCAUACUCCUCUUUGGAAGCUCAAAGACUCACUACUACCGAACUUGAACGCCGACAAAAGGAACUAGAUGCAAAGGCUGCCGAACUUGCGCGACGUGAGGCAGAGCAGAAUCGGUUGGCGGAACAAGUUCGUCAGGGUAGUCAAGGACCGAUCAAGAACUGGCCCCCGCUGCCUUCUUUCUUCCCAUGUGGACCCUGUUUCUAUCAAGAUAUUGAUCUGGAGAUCAAUUCCGAGUACCGAAGGAUUGUCAGAUUUGGCUACUAUUUAUGGGUCGCUUACGCGGGGUUACUAUUAAUCAACUUCUUCGGGGCUUUACUGUACUUUGCUGGAACCGGUCGUAGUGAUGGCGGGUCAUUGUUUGGUGUGUCGAUUAUCGUUUGCAUCUUCUGCAUACCCGCCUCCUUCAUUUGUUGGUUUCGCCCACUUUAUAAAGCGUUCAGGAGUGACAGCUCGAUCAAUUUCUUCAUAUUCUUCAUCGUCUUUGGGGCCCAGAUACUGGUGUUGAUUAUUCAGUCUCUUGGAAUUUUAAAUUGGGGAUCUUGCGGAUGGAUAACCGGUCUUGCUGCGGUGAAAGAUACUCCGGCAAUUGGUGGAAUCACCUUGGCUAUUGCGUGCGUCUUCACUGGCAUGGCAGUUGCUUGUGCUUUCUAUCUCAUUCGAGUGCACCGCAUCUAUCGUAACACUGGAGCCAGUUUUGGAAAAGCACGAGAGGAGUUCACUCGUGGAGUUUCCUCGAAUCCGACUGUUCAGUCUGCUGCAGUGGAGACUGGGUUGUUCGCUGUUCGAAAUGCUGGAAUCGGUCGGAAUUGACUCUCUGUUGCCACUGAUUGCCAUGGAAUCGCGACUCGACAGUGCUCGAAGCUUUUUGUUGGCGCGUGCGUUUCCUGGACUUGCUUCGUGCUGAGCCGUACGAAAUUGUGCUGUGAUCUUUGCGUAUGUUUACUUGACUGAUGGAUUCACGCUCUCAUCAUGAACAGUGUGUGAUUGUCACUUCUUCGCCAUUACCUCCUUUUUGGUGUUGACCGUUUUGACCGUUGUCGGUACCAAUGCCGUUAUUCUCAUUAAUUCUGUUGUUGCACACUUUUGUGACGCCAGAUGUCUUGUCCAUCCGAAUUCUUUGAUUUAACUGUUACUCUUUCUUUCUUACGCUGUUCAUCAACCUUAUGCUGGCGAAACGAAUUUCGAUUGUCCACUUACCAAGGAAAGCAAGUGGAAUGAAGACAAACAUUAUACAUGCCGCUUUUGUCUUCAGUCCCACAGAGGGUGGACAAGCUUGGUAUCAGUCAUUCAGCGUUUUACCUGUCCCAUAACGUGUACCUCUUUACUAGUGACAUGUGCUAAUCCUGUUGCUUUCCUUUCGCUCCACUGUCACUUGCUUUGCAACUAUGCAAAUGUCUGAUUCUCAAAUUUAACUUGUACGCUUUUGAGUCAAGGUAGGAUAGACUAGGUGUGUCAGCAGACAGCAAAACCACUAUAUCUCAACCACACGGUCAAUUUUGACUGUGCGACUGCAGACGGAUUUCCAUCACGUUUAUAAAAAAUAUAUAUCGU